CAUGGACAUGCACAGUUAUUGCGCAUCACAAGUACAAAGAGAGGGCAUCCUACCAGAGGGCAUUUCACCCUUAGCUGGGUGAAAUGGUCUGCGACAAGGUGUGGACAUGCAACCCCAACAACUGAUAGCUACACGGAAAGCUGACAGGAAACAAAUUACGACUGAAAUCGAUACGACUUACGACGUAUGCAAACAACAAACAUCCAUGGGUCAUGCAAACUGUUUACCAAGAUAAGCCAAGAAAUUCUACAGGUGGAAGAAAAAUUUCCCUUUACUUCGUCAUGUACCGUAACUAAUUUCGCGAGCCGAAACCUGAAUUUUUUUUUUCGGUUAAAAGCGAAAUAAGAUUUAUUUUGUAAGACCCGACGUUUUGACAUAAUCCCUGGAUACAAGCUUUUUAACCAAUCACAGUUUACUCCUCUGGGUCUAAUUAAGUAAACCUUUCCACGAGAAAUUAUCGGACUUCCGUUUCUGUGUUUAAGAUCAGAGCGGUAAGCGGUCCCGUCUGUAUCGUGAUCUUGCAAGGUUAAAGAUAACGCGUAAGCGAUAUCUCUCGCUGAUUAGUUACUGUGAUCAAACUGAAGUCUGCGAAAGAAUCGAACCUUUGUUUACAGUUUCAUUACCCCCGUGGUGCACCAUACAGGCGUACACUGUAUGGUUAACGAAAUGUUGCCCCGAUUUUAUGUAAGAUUGGAUCAUGCCUUUGGUUUCCUGGCGGUGCUGUUGUUUACCAUCAGCAGAUCUUUAGAGAAUCCUGAUAUCCAAUCUGAUAAAUGGAAUUCGCAAGUAGAAAGUUAUGAAUCAGCCAUUUGGGAAAGAAGACCUUCAGUGCGUAAGGGAAGACCACCGGGUUGCUGCCCUCCUGAAUUGUACCUUGGGUUUGAAAACAGCACUUCAUACAGUGAUCAUGACAAUCGUGUCACAAGUGUUGACGCACCCUGCAGCAAUUACGCCGACAUGGAUCUACAACAGGUUCAAUUUAGGAGUGUUAAGUUGGCAAAGAUGACUGAUGCGAUCACGAUUGCCGUCUGGGUUAACUUGCAAACCAUCCAGGGCAUUCAGCCAAUUCUGGUCGUAAGAGGACAACAUGGCGAGCUUCGAUUUGAGGUUGCUGAAGGUCACGUUACUUGGUUACACACCGCUUUUCGUCCACCAAUAGCAACAUUUGCGCUGAUAAGCAAUAAACCAGUUGUGGAAACUCAAUUGUGGACACAUAUCGUAGCGCUAUAUGAUGCUCACAGCAAUCGUGCUGCGGUAUUUGUGAAUGGGAAGGAAAUACUUCAGGGCCCUAGUGCUGGUGGAUCAUUGGAACUAGCGUGGAAUGAAUUCCAUGCUAUUGGUAGAUAUAGAGUCAACAAGGUACUGGAGUUUAAACUGAGAGGGCUUCUUGACGAGUUCUACAUCUACUUCUGUGCUCUUCCAAACAUGGUUAUUCAAAGAUUUUUUCGAAUGUGCCACAUUGGUGGAAAAUGCGCACCCUCACGACCAGGUCUCGAUAGGGUGUGUGAUGUCGGUGCUUUCCUUUGUUGGAAUAGACGAUGCAUAAGGCAAGAGUGGAAGUGUGACGGCGAGAAUGAUUGUGGAGACUGGAGUGACGAAAUUGGAUGUGAUGGUUUUUGUGCCCCUGGCGAGAAAUUCUCUGUCUUUCAAGGACGAUGUACGUUGUGCUUUUGCAUGGGACGUUCUCAGAAUUGUAGCAGCGCAAACGUGUACCGCGACAGGAUCACUCUAAAAUUAACGACCGAUAACCGUCCACCUAAUGUGCCACUGGUGGGUGUGGAUGGAUCUCAAGUGUCCGGUAUUACCUAUACUCUUGAUAGCUUUAACAAUGAGCUAUCGGCCCAUAGUACGUCGAAGGGAAGAGUGUAUUUCUGGGCUUUGCCAAAAGAAUUUUUGGGCAACAAACUGACAAGUUAUGGCGGAAAACUACGUUACGCUGUCAAGUACCUCAGUGGUAAUGCGUCGACGGAUACUGCAAAUGUUCCAUCGAGACAAGUGAGAAGUGCAGAAGAAAUUCUUACCAUUAAGUCCUUAAUGGAAGAAUAUGCCACUGGUGAUGUCCGUGACGUAGACGAUAAUAACAUUGACGUUGACACCGACGCCUCUGGAACAGAGGACCCUUCUUUGGAUAUGUCAGAACAUAUGUCGUCUACUAUUUCGACGCAGUUUACAUCUAGAAGCAGUAGAGUUAAAGAAAUUCCUUUUAUUUUACCCGAAACUAACGCAACGUCAAAACACACUAUUAGUACGGAUGGCUCUAGAAACGUUACAGAGAACCCUGGAGCUUCAACUGCAGCGAUAAAAUUCUCAACCGAACGAACACGAACACAACGUCCAUCAACACCAACCAUACACACAGGAAACAUUUUGAUAACAGAAAAUGUAGAAACAACACCUACUGUAGAGGUUGACAGAGACACCAACUUAAAUACUCUUUCGGAAAAUGGAGGAACAACAAAGAGAGUUUUUAGUUCAGUUCUUUCUAAGUCAGAGCUGCCGGUAACUACCGCAACUCAACUGACGAUGGGGAAAACUCUACCAUUUCAGACCACUCAAGAAACUUCUGAUCGAUUAAUUGCGAAAUUGACACCAGACCCCUCUCUCACAACAUCGAAUCCUUGGCCUGAAAGUCGCAAAGAAGCAACCCCAACUGUUUUCUUUUCAUCCUUGAGCACCCCGAAAUCUAUUUCGGAAGCAAUCGCAACUACUCAAAACACGUAUGACACAACAACGAAUGCGUCAAUAGGCAGUGAAAAAGCCAAAACAGCAUCCUCAACCUACAGCAGUGACAGUCCUUCGUUAGAAAUGGUGACAACAAUACCAGACAAGGCUUACACGACAUCUAGUAGGAUAUCCUCUAGUGACAAUUUACCAGAUACUAAUACUUAUCCCUCCGAGCCUAAUGCACCAAACAGUGGUCAAGAUGGGCCACCCACCAUCCUACCUUAUUCAACCUACAGCACUAGGGAUCCUGCUACUGAGAUGAGACCACCAGAAACUUUUUCCACUUCCACUAGUCGAGUCACCGAAAUAGAAGAGGAUUCAACUAGUGCCGCGGCAGUGCCUUCCUCAGCCUACACUACCAUGGAGCUUAUUGAUCAUUCAUUCACAGAAAUGUCAAAAACUGCUCUCCACAAGACGGUUCACAUCAGCAUUGAGGGGGCUACUACAGAAUACGUUACAGUACCUCCAAGAAUGUCUGAAACGACAAUGAUAACAUCGAGUGGUGCUAAACAGGAAAUGACAAAUACCGUAUCUGUUUCACCCGAUGGUACUGACGUUUCUACUUCGAGAACCGAUACAAAUCCAAAUACGUUUCACAGCACUACUGAUGAAUCAACUAUUACCAAAAGCGAAACAACUGGUAUUAUAAAUUCUUCCCAAUUUUCUGUCAAAACCACUUCCCAUGGAAUUAGGUCAAUUUCAAGCCAGACGAAUGAUAACGAAGAUGCCACUACCACUGCAACAUCUCCUUUGGCUUACAGCAAUGAACAACUUUCUUCGGAAUCUUUGCCAUCUGUAACAGAUUCGUCUUUUACCAAAAUAUCACCAAACGGUGAAAAUGCAUUAACUACCUCUGAUCUUCCUACCGCCCAUAUCACACACCUGCCUACCACACAAAUACCAGAUACUUCUCAAACUGAGAGAGUAUCAGACACCGCUUACACAUUAACGACCUCAGUCGAUGAUGGAGAUGAAACCACUUACAUCCCGAGUUCUUCAGACUACAAAACUGAUGUUCCGUUUUCAAAAAUCGUGACAUCGACAACAGAUCCUUCAUCCAUGAAAACCAGUGAAUCCACAAAUGUACAAUUUGAAACAAGUGCUACGAUGCCUCCUUUAUCCUUCAGUACUGAAAGACCACCAGAUGUAUUUCACGUAACAACGAAGAAAUCAACGGAUAGUCUAGAUGGACCUUCCACUGCCAGUGUACAUGUACCAAGUACUUCGUACAAACUGACGGAUUCAUCUACCGCUGGCAAAGAUGAGGCAACCACUUCCAUUGAUCUAUCAGUUGUUAGUAGUGAAAGGCCAAGUGCCAAGAGAGAAAUGACUAUAGCAUUUAGAACAGAUACAACUUCUGUCGAUGGUCAAGAUGAAACAACCUCUUCCUCUCCUUCUUCAGCCUAUAGAAAUAGCAUUCCAACCUCGGAAACCGGAAUAACUGGUACUGUAGAAGAAAUGAGCACCAACGUACCUCCUACGACGUACAGUUCUAACCAAAUAGCCACAGAAUACACCAAAACAGUACCAGGUAUAUCUUUCACAGAAAGAGGUGCAUCUACUGAUGGAGUAAAUGAAAAAAUUAUGACUGAAGUCUCAUCAUCCUACAUAAAGAAAGGGCCACCCUCAGAAUCUUUAACAACCAAAUCAAGUGCCUCAAGCACAACAAUGGUUCCUGGUGAAGAUGGAUCAACCACUGGCUUGUAUCCUACAGCCCACAGUACUGUUGGGCUUACCUCGAGAACGACAACAAAGAAGCCAAAUAUGUCACCUUCAGACGUGGUAAUGGUCAAUGGUGGAGAUGGAUCGACCAGUAAGCCUCCUCCUUCAGACUUUAGUACUGUAACUACUACCGUGGUAACUGAAUCAACGAUAACUAAUACGCUUUACACAAAAACGAAAGCCUCGACAGGUCAGAUUGAUGGAAGGGAUGAAAAGGCUACUGCUGCACCUGCCACAUUCCACAGUACCAACAGAGUCACUCGAACGAUGGCGACUGCAAUUUCAGAUGCAGUCUAUUCGAAAACGAUGGUAGUUACCACUAGUAACAAAAAAACAAUCGAUGAAACGGGGAAACCAACCUCAGACUCCGUAUCCACAGUAUCUGGUACUUCUUCCACAGGUCCAAUAUCGGUCGAUAGUGAUGAUGAAACAACCACUGAUGUGUCUCCCUCAGCCUACAGUACUGAUGGGACUACCUCGAGAACAGUAGCAAACACACAGUAUACAAUAGCAGUUGAUGGCGAAGAUGUAUUGACCACUACCCUUCCUCCUUCAGGCCACAGUACUGACACAACAAUCAUGACGACUGUAUCAACAAUACCUGAAACAAUUCAUGCAUCGACGAAAGUAUUGACCGAUCAGACCGGCGCUACCGAUGGAAGAACCACCACCAUGCCCUCCACAUCCUACAGUACUGACAGAGCCAUUUGGAAAAAGUCAGCAACCUUUGCAAACGAAUUUUACACCAAAACGAUGGCAGCUACCAUUGGCGACGUAAUCGACACAACGGAGAAGCAGACUACAGAAACCCUUACAACAGUAUCAGGUACGUUUUUUGCAAGUUCACCACUUGGUGGAGGCAGAGCAACCACUAGUGUGCCUUCUUCUGGCCAUAGUGCUCCUAGAAUUACCACGACGGUAACUAGACCGCUAAGUAUUCAGACAAUGAAGACAACAACUGCAGAUGCAACUAACGCGAAAAAGGUAAUGACCACCACGGGUUACGAAAAAACAACCACGGCUGCGUCUCCCGUCACUUACAGAAGAACCGGUGCUUCCUCGACAACAGUGACAAAAAUAGCAGAUAUGGCUCUAACAAAAUCAAGGUUAACGACCGGAACGGAUGAUGAGACCACCACAUCUGUGCCUUCUUCAGCCUACGGUACUUCCAAGACUACUUCCCAAACAACAUCGUCUGCCACGACAUCGACAGAAGAACCGUCGUCGCAGACAGAAACACAAGGUUGUGUUUAUUUAUUUACUCACAAAGUCGCAUACCAUUCAAUACCAUGA